AUGGCCAGUACAGUUGGAAAGACUAUCACCUGCAAGGCCGCAAUCGCCUGGGCAGCAGCAGAACCCCUUUCCGUCGAGGAUGUCCAGGUCGCGCCACCAAAAGCCCAUGAAGUCCGCAUUAAGGUCCUCCACACGGGAGUUUGCCAUACUGAUGCCUACACGCUUUCCGGUAAGGAUCCCGAGGGCGCUUUCCCGGUGAUUCUGGGCCACGAAGGUGCCGGUAUUGUUGAGUCCAUUGGUGAAGGUGUUACCAAUGUUAAAGUCGGCGAUUAUGUGAUUGCUCUCUAUACACCGGAGUGCGGAGAAUGCAAAUUUUGCCGGUCCGGGAAGACGAAUCUGUGCGGCAAGAUCCGGGCCACGCAAGGCCGCGGUGUAAUGCCGGAUGGCACGACCCGUUUCAAAGCCCGCGGGAAAGACCUCCUCCAUUUCAUGGGCUGUUCGACCUUUUCCGAAUACACUGUCGUUGCCGAUAUUUCAGUUGUAGCGGUCACACCGUCGUGUCCGACGGACCGUUCCUGUCUUCUAGGGUGCGGUAUUACCACUGGGUACGGUGCCGCUACGGUCACCGCCAAUAUUACGGAAGGAGCAAAUGUUGCGGUCUUUGGCGCUGGCUGUGUCGGUUUGUCGAUUGUCCAGGGCGCGGUGAAGAAGAAGGCCGGAAAGAUUAUUGUGGUGGAUAUUAAUGAUGGAAAGGAGGCGUGGGCUUACAAGUUCGGAGCGACUCAUUUCCUCAAUCCUGCCCGACUGAGGCAAACUGUACAGGAUGAGCUUAUUGAGAUGACCGACGGUGGAUGCGACUACACCUUCGACUGUACGGGCAACGUCAGCGUCAUGCGCGCGGCUCUGGAAGCCUGUCAUAAGGGCUGGGGUGAGAGCAUCGUCAUCGGCGUGGCCGCUGCUGGUCAAGAGAUCGCAACUAGGCCAUUCCAACUGGUGACCGGUCGCGUAUGGAGGGGAUGCGCUUUUGGCGGCGUCAAGGGUCGUUCUCAGCUUCCAGAUCUUGUGGAGGAUUACCUGCGGGGUGACUUGAAAAUCGACGAAUUUAUCACACACCGUGAGAAGUUGGUCGAUAUCAACGUCGCUUUUGAGCAGAUGAAGCAAGGGGAUUGCAUCCGAUGCGUUGUUGAUACGGUGGCAUCGUGA